AACAAAAACAAAAUUAAAAGUAAAAGGACAUCUACUAACACUAGUUUUAUGACUAGGACAACAUAUUCUAGAGUCUAGAUCUACACCUACUCUGUAGAAUCGAUUAUUUGGACUUAACUAAGAAGUAUAAUUAUUGAGAAUGACAAGUGUGGUCAAAGAUGAACACAGUGGAACCUUACACUCUGGUCGUGAUGAAGCCACAGUUUUUGCUUCCUCCCUAAUGGAACAAGUUAAUCGAGAAGACAUAACAUCAAUGGUUUUUAUUCAAAGAGAUAUGCUCUCCCGCUUUGAAAAGACGAAUGAGAUGUUGAUCAAUUUCAAUAUUUUAUCUUCUGGUCGCUAUGAGGCAACAUUAAAAGACUUCCACAAACAUACUCAGCUGUUGUCAGAAAUGAAAAAAGAUUUAGAUACUGUAUUUAAACGUAUCAGGUUGCUUAAGCAGAGACUGGAAAAAACAUACCCUGAAGCCUUUUCAGCUUGUAGUAGUGUAUUUAAUCUAAUCUCUGAUGAAGAAGAAGAUGAAGUUGAUGAUAGCAGUGAUGAUUACCUCAUACCCAUAGAGUCAGCUCGUCAGUCUCUCAUGUCAAAAGAUGCCAGUUCACCAGAGUCCCGGCACCACUCGCAGGACCCUCCUCUGGUUACAAUAACAAAUGCAGGAUCCCCCACAAGUCCAGAGAAGGAAUAGUCAUACUGUUGUGAAGAGACAUUUAUAAGUGUGCAAUAUACUGCAGCCAUUCCUCUUCUGAUUUAAAAGAUUCAAAAUACAGGUCACAAUGAAAUCAAAGAUAACUGCUUUUUUCUCCAAGUUCAUUUCUGCUUACUUUUAUUUUUGCUUAGCCUGCUAUAUUUACAGGAUUAUCCCCCUUAUUUUGAAGAACAAUAUUCUCAUUAUUUUAUGAAUAAUGAUUCUGUUUUUGUAAUUUUCUUAAUAUUUAUUAAUUUAAAAAAAAAGAUUAUCAUGACAUGGCUAUACCGGUCUUAGAAAGUCAUUAGAUGAUAAUUUUAAUUUAAUUGUUUUAUCGCUAUGAAAAAGUUUAAUUAAACUUUUAAGUUAUUGAUAGUUUUUUCAAGAUUUCAACUUCACGUGCAUUACUUACUGUUUGGGCUACAGCUUCUGAGCUUUCACAACAAAUUAUUUGUUGAUUAUGAUGACACUGUAAUUUUAACUGAAGAAAAUGUGGUGAAUAAGAACUAACUUUUGAUUUUCUUAUUGUAUUUUCACUAAUGGAAAGUAUGCUUUCUGCAAUUAAGUUGUUGUACACAAUUUUUUCAAAAUUCCAACAAUUGUUAAGUUCUAUUCCAAUUAAUAACUAUCAGUUACUUUCUCUCUCCUUUUACUUUCAAGUUAAGAUUUAUUUCAGGUAAAUCUUGAUGUGUCCUAUUCAGUUUUUCUUUUUGUUUAACAACAUCAAUAUAUUUAAAAGGAUGUUUAGAAGCUAAUCUUGACUAGCUAUUCAUGAAACUUUUUCUUUUGACACAUGUUUCAAAUGGUAUUUUGAUACUGUUAAAUUAAUUUAACAGAAAUGCCUGUUUUUUAAUUGUGAUAAAAAUGACAUUGAACUGCAAACAAUAACAUUAUUAAGUGUACAUUAGGUAAAUUUGACAGUUAUAAGUAACAAACUGUGCAUAAUUAAAUUUACAUUAAUGAGCAAAUAAUUUUCAGAUAAGGUUAACUGGUUUAGAUGUGGUUGAUCAAGAAAUAUAAUUGUAAAUUUUUUAAGGUUUUUAAAGUUUUUAAAGGAAUAGGAGUAAGGCGAUAUAUUCUUGUGACAUUAAUUUUAUACUAUGGCUAUGUCACACACUAAGCUGCCAUGUGCACUGGCUGCUUGUAUGUUUUCUAGAUUUAUAUCUCAUAAUUUAUGUAUAAAACCUGUACAUUACUCACAAAUAUUUUGUUAAUAGAUGCUGGCUUUAUAUUUAAUGAUUGUUGUUUUAAUGAAGAAAAAGUAUAACUUUUGAAAUUGAACUUUUAAAAAUUAUAAUCCUCCUUCUUGUUUGUGACUGUAAAAAAAUGAAUUACCUCCCUUGCAUCGGUUUUUCUAGAAAAGUUGAUUUUUCUGCUCCUAUUUUUUUUUAACUUAAAGAAAAGUGUAUAGCAGAUUGUUGACUAAAUGUUAUAGUCUAGAAAAUGUCAUGU